GGGCCGGUGAGACCCGGUCCCCGAGGUUUGCCCUCCCGCGCUUCCUCUUACCUGGUGCAGAAGGCGGAGCAGCGGCAGGCGCUGCGGCGCUGGGAGCAGCACCUGAACAACACCCGCAGCCACCGCGGCCGCAUCGCCGUGGAAAACGAGGUGGACUUGCACGGCCCACCCCGGGACUUCGUCUACAUCAACGAGUACAAAGUGGGGGCCGGUGUCCAACUGACCCCCGUGGCCGUGGGUUGCGAGUGUAGCGAUUGCUUGGCUGAGGCUGCGGGAGGCUGCUGCCCCGGAGCCUCGCACAACAAGUUUGCCUACAACGAGGCUGGGCAGGUGCGCAUCCGGGCCGGGCUGCCCAUCUACGAAUGCAACUCGAGGUGCCGCUGCGGCUCCGAUUGCCCCAACCGAGUGGUGCAGAAGGGGAUCCGCUACGACCUCUGCAUCUUCCGCACGGGCAACGGGCGCGGCUGGGGCGUCCGCACCUUGGAACGCAUCCGCAAGAACAGCUUCGUGAUGGAGUACGUGGGGGAGGUGAGC